UGAGUGUCCACCUCACAGAGACCCUGAGAGCAAGACUGCUCCCAUUGCGUCCUUGAAUGUUUCUUAACUCUUCAGUUAGCAGGACGGGCGAUUAACCCUCAGCACAGCCAAAAGGUGGGGCGUGGGGGGACAGGGCCCAGGAGAAACUGGAGGAACGGCAAGCAUGGUGAAAGGAACUUCGAGAAUGGUGAUGAACACCGGAAGUGGUGAACCGGCACUCCAGAGCAAUGGCUGUGUCGCUUCUGGGCAUAGUUGUGGGGGAGCGCCCAGCUCCCAGCAGCUAUCUGGACCUGAGCUGGUGGCACGGACUAAAGGGAGAGAGAACGGCAGCAGACUCCCGAACGGAAGCACUAAACCACUAACCCUUUAUCCAGAUAACGUGGGCAACAGCCAAAGACCGCCAGUGCCAUGCUGUCACCAUUGCCUGUACCACCAUCUGUGCUGCCAAAGCAACCAGCAGGACCCCCGUCCACUCGGAGGCCCUGUGGUGACCACGCCACCAGCUGCCUGCUGUGUGCAGACACACCCUGAAUACCCUGCACCUCUGUGCCAGAACCAUUCCUCUAUCCACACAGCUACCUGCUGUCCGCAUCUGACCACCUCCCUCGCUGACCAUCCAACGCUACAUCUUCACCGAUGGCCUGACCACUUCCAGCAUCAGCCCCCGCAGCAGCAACAGGGAACCAACAUCAGACCCCAGAGUCCCUUCAGAUUUCCCCGCAGCUACGCAGCUCUGAUUGCUGACUGGCCUGUGGUGGUACUGGGAGUUUGCACGGUGCUCAUUGUGAUAUGUGCCCUCUUCGGGAUUCUCGUGCUGGACCUGCCCGACUUCUCAGACCCGCUGCUGGGCUUCGAACCCAGAGGGACGGCCAUUGGUCAACGGCUGGUCACUUGGAAUAACAUGGUGAAGAACACCGGCUACAAAGCCACGCUGGCCAACUACCCUUUCAAAUACGCCGAGGAGCAAUUCAAGAGUCACCGAGAGGACAGAUGGUCAGAUGAUCCUCAUGAGAGAGACAAACGCCAGGCUGAGUGGAAUUUCCACAAGGAUAGCUUCUUCUGCGAUGCCCCCAGUGACCGAUAUUCCCGAGUGGUAUUUGCCUCUGCAGACGGGGAGAACCUGUGGCGCAUGCAAUCCAUUAAAUCCAUGUGCAAUCUGGACAAUGCCAGGAUACGCUCCCACUUCCAGUUCGGGGACCUUUGCCAGCGCACCACAGCUGUCUCCUGCUGCCCCAGCUGGACGCUGGGCAACUACAUUGCCAUCCUCAACAACAGGUCCUCUUGCCAGACCAUCACCGAGCGCGACGUGGGACACACACUGAAGCUUUUGAGGUCCUGCGUCAAGUAUUACCACAACGGCACGCUGGGACCUGACUGCUGGGACGCGACAACCAGGCGCAAGAACCAGCUGAAGUGCACCUCAGUGCCUCGAAAGUGCACCAAGUACAACGCCGCCUACCAGAUCCUCCACUUCCUGGUGGACAAGGACUUUUUGAGCCUCAAGGCUGUGGACUACGUGACGCCAGCCCUGAAGUACAGCAUGCUCCUGGUGCCCACCGAGAAGGGAGACAGCAUGAUGGACAUCUACCUGGACAACUUUGAGAACUGGAACUGCUCGGACGGCGUUACCACCAUCACGGGCAUCGAGUUUGGGAUCAAGCACAACCUCUUCCAGGACUACCUCCUGACGGACACUAUCUACCCGGCCAUCGCCAUUGUCAUUGUCCUCCUCAUCAUGUGUGUCUACACCAAGUCCAUGUUCAUCACCCUCAUGACCAUGUUCGCCAUCAUCAGCUCCCUCAUCGUCUCCUACUUCCUGUACCGCGUUGUCUUCGGCUUCGAGUUCUUCCCCUUCAUGAACCUGACCGCCCUCAUCAUCCUGGUGGGCAUCGGUGCCGACGACGCCUUUGUCCUCUGCGACGUGUGGAACCACACCAAGUUCGACCAGCCUCAAGCCGAGCUGUCAGAGACGGUGAGCGUCACUCUCCGGCACGCCGCCCUCUCCAUGUUCGUCACCAGCUUCACCACUGCCGCAGCCUUCUACGCCAACUAUGUCAGCAAGAUCACCGCCAUCCGGUGUUUCGGGGUCUACGCCGGCACAGCCAUCCUGGUCAACUACGUGCUGAUGGUCACGUGGCUGCCGGCGGUGGUGGUGCUCCAUGAGAGGUACCUGCUGCACCUCUUCUCCUACCCCUCCAAACCCCAGCGCCGGGCGCACUCCAGCAAGUACCUGACCUAUGUGUCCCUGCUGUGGGGGAAGGUGCGGAGGCUGUACAUUGCCGCCUCGGAGACUUCCCGCAUCUUCUUCGAGAAGGUCCUCCCCUGCAUCGUCAUCAAGUUCCGCUACGUUUGGCUCUGCUGGUUCCUGGCGCUGACCGCUGGCGGAGCCUACAUCGUCUGUGUGGACCCCAAGAUGAAGCUGCCCUCACUGGAACUGGCCGAGUUCCAAGUCUUCCGCUCCUCCCACCCCUUCGAACGCUACGACGCCGAGCUCAAGAAGCUCUUCAUGUUCGAACGGGUGCACCACGGCGAGGAGCUGCACAUGCCCAUCACCCUGGUGUGGGGGGUCUCGCCGGUCGACGGGGGCGACCCCUUGGACCCCAAGAAUAAGGGCCAACUCCAGCUGGACAGCUCCUUCAACAUGGCCAGCCCCAGUUCACAGCUCUGGCUCCUCCGCUUUUGUCAGAAACUGCGCAACCAAACCUUCUUCUACCAGACGGACGAGCAGGAUUUCACCAGCUGUUUCGUGGAGACCUUCCGGCAGUGGAUGGAGAACCAGGACUGCGAGGAGCCCACCAUCUACCCUUGCUGCAGCCAGUCCACCUUCCCCUACAAGCAGGAGGUCUUUGAGCUGUGUAUCAAGAAGGCUAUCAUGGAGCUGGAGCGCAGCACGGGUUACCACCUGGACCGCAAGACCCCAGGACCCCGCUUUGACAUCAAUGACACCAUCCGGGCGGUGGUCCUGGAGUUCCAGAGCACCUACCUCUUUACGCUGGCCUACGAGAAGAUGAACCAUUUCUAUAAGGAAGUGGACGCCUGGGUGGGCGAGGAGCUCAAGGUGGCUCCCAGCGGCCUGGGCAGCGGCUGGUUCGUCAGUAACCUGGAGUUCUACGACCUGCAGGACAGCCUGUCGGAAGGGACCUUGGUGGCCAUGGGGCUGUCGGUGGCCGUGGCCUUCACGGUCAUGCUCUUCACCACCCGCAACCUGAUCAUCAGCCUGUACGCCAUCACCUCCAUUGCUGGCACCAUCUUUGUCACGGUGGGCUCGCUGGUGCUGCUGGGCUGGGAGCUCAACGUGCUGGAGUCUGUCACCAUCUCGGUGGCUGUGGGGCUGGCUGUGGAUUUUGCAGUGCACUAUGGGGUGGCUUACCGUCUGGCCCCGGAGCCCGACCGGGAGGGCAAGGUGGUCUUCUCCCUGAGCAGGAUGGGCUCCGCCAUCGCCAUGGCCGCUGUCACUACCUUUGUGGCCGGGGCUAUGAUGAUGCCCUCCACCGUGCUUGCCUACACCCAGCUGGGCACCUUCAUGAUGCUCAUUAUGUGUGUGAGCUGGGCCUUUGCCACCUUCUUCUUCCAGUGCCUGUGCCGUUGUGUGGGACCCCAAGGCUCCUGCGGGCAGAUCCCGGUGCCCAAGAAGCUACGGUCCGCAGACAUGCCGCCCGCUCCCAGGCGGGCCGGAGGAUCCCGGAAGGCGGGCAAGUGCGAGGGGGAUCACUAUCCAGACGGGGAGCGGGAGGACUACGAGCUGGAGCCGCUGGCAUCCGAGGGGGAGGGUGUGGCGUCCGAGCCCCCCGGCCUGCACCCUGGACUCUUCAAUGGGACGUCUCAGAGCACCAACGGGCGAUCGGGCACUGAUGGAAGUGGAUGUGGAAUCAGACCUGGGGAGCGGCUAUACUCGCCGCUCGCCAGGCAGUGUGGGUGCCUGGAGCCACAAAGGGCCCCUCGGGAUGGCACAGACUCUCAGCGGCUAAGGCAACGUCCACCCGGCGUUCCACCCGAAUCCCUCCCAGCUUCCACUCCAGACAUUGCCCAGCAGCCCACCAGCGAAUGCUGCUCCCGGCACGGGCGCAGGGCACCCAACAACCCGUCCACCAACACGUGCCUCCGUUCCUUGCUGCAGGUCCACACACCCCAGGGACGGGCCACCAGCCAGGAUGUGACUCCCUGCUCCCGGUGCUUAGAGGAAACUGUCAGGACACGUGCCAAAGCUGUGGCUCCCCAGCUCAGCCGCCAGGCUCAGCCCACGGGUCAGAGAUCGUGCUGCUCGAUGACGGAGGACGGCACCGGCCAACGUCAACCGGGUUCCAAUGCAAACUGCAGCAAAUGCAUUACGGAUCGGGCGAGCCAGAACUCUACAGGAGCCGUGGCGGACAACUCUGGCCCCCGACAGAACGGGAUGGCUGAGCCUCGCCUCUCCGGCCGGACACUGCCAAGCAAGUGCCACUGCACGGACAUUCGCUUUCCUGACGCCAAGGUGCCGGCGGUGUGGAGGAGGCACUCAGAGCUGACUGGCGAGCCAUUGUGCACAUAGAGCGACACCAACAAGAAGUCUAGAACGUAACAGCAUGUGCGACAUUCUCGCCAGCAGGCUGUCUGUCUAUCUGUCCUGCAACAUCCUGUUCUGGGGAGUGUAGAAGGGUUGCAGAGGAGAGAGAGGAAGGCAAGGGAGCAAUGCAGUGUUGUAUGUGGAAGUCUGGAGGUUGAGAAUUCAAGUGGAUUUUGCGCGAGUUUUCUCACCGCUGUGUCCCUUGUCUCCUCCUGAAGAUGCUGAACAUUCCCCCAUCCCAAAAUGUUGGGGGAGGUGGGGCGGAGAGAGCUUGCUGUCCGAUGGGGGGAAGAUACUCCAUGUCCACAGGGGAAGAGCGCAUGCAGUUUGGGGGGGAGAGAGAGAGAGAGCUCCCUGUCUGGGGGUUGUGGGGGUGUUGCCUUUCUUUCAUCAGUGCCUCAGAUAGCUGGGGGGUUGGGCUUCCCACCCCCACCCCCACCCCAAGGGAAGGUUGAGGUGUGACCUGGUGGCUGAACCUCCAAUUGAAGCUGAUCAAUUCCUCUUUUUAUAUUAUAUUAUAUAAAUAUAUAUAUAUUAUGUGAGGCGAAUGCUUAUGGAGAAUAAUUUAAUACUUUCAUUCUUUAAUGUAUGCUUUAUGCUAUUUAAAAAAACAAGUCUGCUAUUAACUGUCGUUUACAUACCCUGCCUGUGACUGUGGAAAGCGUGGGAUGUGGGCUUCACUCCAAUGCUCAGCCCGGCCCAGGACUGCCUGGUCCAGCUCUGCCCGGCCAGUGACUCGGAAUCCUCCACUUCAUUGUAAUGACGUGUUUGCUGAGCAAAUGAAGACGACUUUUUAUAAAUGCGCAAUUUGAAAAGCGCCUCUUAACCCGA